GUUCAAGGUUGUGAAAACGAAGCAAAAAUGUCUGAGCCAAAAAAGUAUGGGCUCCAGCUGAAUAAGAAGGCGGCUGCUAAAGCCUUGCUAGUGAAGAAACCUUCCGUAUUUGGAGAUGACAGUGAUGAAGAGGAUGCCACCAAGGAACUUAACAAGAAACUCUUGGACGAGGCCGCCAAAGCUAAAGUAAAAAAAACUACAAAGUUGGCCAUAGAGAAAGCUCUGAAUGAGGAUGCGAGUGUUUAUGAAUAUGACAGCUUAUAUGAUGACAUGCAAGCUAAGAAACAAGCCAAGGUUGGACUGAAGAAAACCAGUGAUGAUAACAAGCCAAAAUACAUCCACAACCUCCUAAAAUCUGCAGAGUUACGUAAGAAAGAAUAUGAACGUCGUGUAGAACGAACCGUGCAAAAGGAGCGUGAGGAAGAGGGUGACAAAUUUGCAGAUAAAGAAUCAUUUGUGACAUCAGCAUACAAGAAGAAAAUGGAAGAGAUAGCUGCGGCUGAGGAAAAAGAACGACAAGAGGCGCAGAUGGAAGAUAUCCUCGAUGUGACAAGGCAAGGAAACCUGAAUGCCUUUUAUCACAAUCUCUAUCGUACCACCACUGAUGACGAACCAACAAUCAAGAAAGAGAAAAUUGAUGAUGACCCACCUAUUAAGAAGGAGAAAAUAGAUGACAAUGAAGAUGAAGGAACAGAAACUGUAGAGAAGCCAGAGAAACAAAGAGAUGCAAUGUUUUCUAAUAGAAGACUUGACAAACGUGAUGGUGAAAAGCGCAAGUACAGAUCCCGUCGUCAUAGCAGCACAAACAGUAUUGGAGACAAACAGAGUGACAGUGACGAUGACACAAAUCAAGGUGACAUCACAAGAAAAGAAAUGGAAGACCUUGAUAAGGAUGACAGCGAAAGUGACAAUGAAGCCAAAGAAGAGACCAAUGAUAAAGACCCUCAUAAUAUAAAAAAUGGAGUGCGUAAAAGGAAAAACAAACGGAAACCAUCAAGUAGUGAAUCUGAUAGUGACGAUGACUCUGAUAAAUCAAAACACCGAAAACAAUCGAAAUCAUUAAAGAAACAUAAAAACAAUGAAAAUAAAAUCUCAACUACGAAAAGUGAACAUGGCAGUGACUCCAAUGGUGAUGAAUCUCCUAAGGUUAUCGAAUCCAUCCAAAAUAAGGAGAAUACUCAGCCCAAGCCCAAAAAGCCUAUGACCAUGAGGGAGAAAUAUGCAAGGAAGACCACAGAUGCGGAGAUAGAGGCCGCCCGACAGAGAUACUUCCUUCGUAAGCAAGCUAGAGCAUAGGACACUCUGGAAAAAGUGAUUUAUUCCAAAAAAAGUUUGACAAAAAUUGAAUCCUUUAAAAUUUUUAUAAUGAAAUAAAUGAAUAUUCAUUAUUGAUAUAAGUGUGCCUUGAUUAAGUGAUAUAUAUCCAAGAUUAUCAUGUUAUAGAUAAGCAAGAAAGGCAUUUUCCAUGAUAAACACUGCAUUUUACUCAUGAUGAACAGACACUGCAGGCCAGUUACCAAGGGGACGGGACGGGGGUUCACAUCAUGAAAAAUUCCAGGGUGGUUCACUUUUGACAACUUU